AUGAAUUAUAUUAAUUACAAUGACUUAGGUAGAGUAGAUUCUGCUACAUUUGGAAACCUAGCUUCUUAAAGUAUCAAAUUUGAUCAGUUUGCACUCAAUAUGACUUUUAGUAUGGGUCGUAAUAAUAGUAGAUUUUAUGAUUUAAAUAGGUAACCAACAAAUAUGUCUUAAGUGAGCGUAGGUGGAUUUAAAAUUAAAAAAGAUACAGCAAUAAACUAGAAUGGUGAUAUUAUUGUUUCUCAAUACUUUGAUUUGCCUAAGCAUGAAGAUUUUGAGGAAUUAGAUAAUGUUAUGUUUAAUAAUACUAAUAGCAUUAAUGUAAGCGGAAAGUAGUUAACCAAUAACCUUUAAGGAAGUUUAUUUGAUGACAAUAAAAAUUAGAAUAAUUUAAUGAACCCAAAUGACCUUAAUCUACCCAUAGAAAUGACAUGCUCUUUUGAAAUGGAUAACAAUUCUAAAUAAAAUUUCAAAAAUUAAUUGAUGUCCAAAUCAAUUAAUAGAAGAAUGUAUGAUGACAUUCUCUUAGAUUAGAGUUCCUCAGUGAGAUAAUAAAUGAAUAAUUUAGUUUCUGUCAAUUUAACUUAAUUUUAGAAUGAAAAUAUGAUGAAACACUCAAAUGCUAAUUACAAGUAAAUAUUACCAAUCAGCCUAAUUGAUAGGAGAAUAGAAACUUUUAGUGAGCCUGACUUAGAAGUUAAACAUUAUGAUUUUUUUGAUUUUACUGAUGAUCACAAAAAAUAAUAAAAAGAUUCUCACAAUCAUAAUAAUAAUUCUAAUUUUUCUAGUAAUGUUAAAAUGGAAAUGAAUGAUAAGAACAGUAGCAGUAGCAAUCUUAAUAGCGAUUAUAUUAGCAAUAAUAAUAAUAAUAAUAAUAACAACAAUCAUUCCAAUAGUAAUAAUAAUAAUAAUAACAAUAACAAUGUUCCUUAGAGUAUGAAAGAAAGCUAAAAUUAAGGAUUAACAAUUGAGCCAUUCUUGUAUAAAGACAACGCCUUCUAAGAUUAUCAAUAUCCUCACUCAGAUGAUGAGUAUCCUGCUAAAAAAAGUCCUCCUAAAAUAAAACCAGCAGUCACUUCUUAAUAAUAAAAAAAAGCACAAAAAGGCUCUCAAUACAGAUAAAGCAGGCACAAAAAUGUAUUCAAAAAUUUCGGAGGUACUCUAGUGCGUUUUAUAAUUUAUAACCAAUACUUUUAGGAUAGAGUAAUUCAAGAGCUUAACAAAGAUGCAUAAAAAUAAAAAGGCUUUUAAGACUGGCUAUAAUCAGAAAUUAAGUUAGAACGUAAGAAAGAUUUUUAGAUUGCUUGGACUACCUUUAAAAGUGAUCCUGAAAAUAUUAGGGAAUACAAAGCUCUCCUGAGAGAGCUUAGCAGAGAUUUCUUUGAAAAUUUUUCUUUUAUUUAUUUGAUCAACUCUAAAAAGAUAAGCGAUAUGGAAAUCCAUCUUAGGUCUAUCCAUACAUAUCUCGCUGCUAUUAAUAACCCAGAUUCAUUAGAAAGAUUCAAACCUGUUUGA